GUUUCGCGAUGGAGGGAGGAGAAACACCUGAGGAAGAAAGGCAGCCGAACCCUGUUCUGCCUACCAGUUUGGAUCCCAACCAUUUGAAGAAGAGCAAUUGGGGGUUCUUGUUUACUGGGCUCAUUGGUGGGGCAUUGGUGGCAUUGUAUGCUGUGGCUACACCGUUUAUCACACCAGCCCUCCGGAAAGUUUGUUUGCCGUUCGUGCCUGCCACUUCGAAGCAGAUCGAAAACGUUGUGAAGAUGUUGCAACACAGAAGAGGACCCCUCGUAGACAUCGGCAGUGGUGAUGGACGCAUUGUGAUUGCGGCUGCAAAGGAAGGAUUCCCAGCUGUGGGCUACGAACUGAAUCCAUGGCUGGUUUGGUACUCCCGAUACCGUGCCUGGAGAGAAGGUGUGCAUGGCUCUGCCAAGUUUUAUGUUUCAGAUCUGUGGAAGGUCACCUUUGCACAGUACUCCAAUGUUGUCAUUUUUGGUGUGCCCCAGAUGAUGCCGCAACUGGAGAAGAAACUUGAGCUUGAACUUGAGGACGAUGCUAGAGUUAUUGCCUGCCGGUUCCCUUUCCCACACUGGACUCCAGACCACACUACUGGAGAGGGGAUCGACACCGUGUGGGCGUACGACAUGAGCACUUUCAGAGGACGGGAAAGGAGGUCCUGACCAUGAGCGUCCAGUGGGUCAUCCAGUAGACCUUCGCUUUCCUUGACAUGGAGUGAGAAGUCAUCAUUGCUGUCCUCACCUUUUGGAGAAAAUGAACAGGAGCUCAGAAAAACAUUUAGGUUUAAAGGCAGUUUGAUAUAGUGUAGGUUGGCCUUGAAUUUGCUGUGAAGCUGAGGAUGACUUGAACCUCUAAUCCUUCCUCCUCUACCUUCCUAGUACAAUUUGUUUAGUGGAAUAUUUUGAAUGGGUUUACUGCUGUCUCAUACACUAGGAUGCUCAAAGAUAUAAAUAACUGAGUCAUGUCUAUGGACCAGAAGGCUGUCAUCUCGAAACAGUGUGGUUUAAUGCCAGUUAAAUGAAGAGGAAGGGGGCACUUAUGCAAAUGCCUACAGUUUCCUAUGGUUUUGUUCAUGAGUGAGAUUUAUCUCCUUUCUGUAGUUUGUAGCUAAAUUAAUUUUCUAAAAGAUAAUAUUUAUAAGGAAUAUUUUGCCCUAAUGUUGGUGGCUCACUGUACAUUAUCGAUCGAAUAUGUAUAUGUACAUGUACAACUGUAUGUAAACAGACUAUGUGACAUGCACAUGUUUUAAAAUUGGGGAAGCUGUGACAAAUUGCACUUGGCUUUAAUUAGCAGUAUUGUAUGUUUGGUGUCAUUGCAUUAUCAUGAGUAAUAUCUUAGAUUUGAUGAGGCAUUUAGAAAAGUUCCUGGGCCCAGGGAGAAGUUAGGAAGGACAUAACAGUGAGUGACUGAGUUCCUGUUGUUAGCAGGGGGCCUUGGUGUCUGCUGCCAGGACACUGACACACUGAACACAGGUCUGUCUUUGGUCAGUCAAUGGUGUUUAUAUUUAGACACCGAGGAAAGCUUAUGCAGGGAAGUUACAGAUUAUUUCUACCAGUCACUUAUUUUAUGAGAACAGCCAUUUGUGGAACGUUUCUCCUGAGAAGAGACUUGACUGAUUUAGAUAGAAGACAAGUCAGGGAAAGCCUUUGAUUGUGAGUAGACAGGCUUCAUGGACUGAAAAAUGAAUGUUGGAUGGUGGCACAGCCUCUCGACUUACCUGUUCUUACACAGGAAAGAACAGGCUCCACUCCUACACCUGAGACCUAAGUCCAAGGUGUCCCAGUGGGAAUUUCAUUUUAAGAGGAACAUUUGAUACUUUUCUUGUGAGGACCAACUGGAGACACGGGCAUUCUGUCACUUGUUCAUCACAUGCAUGAUGUCUGUCCAAGCUGUCCUGGUUCAUGAUGAGAAGACAUGCCUGGCUCCAGGCCUCCAGAAUUUCUCCUGUAGAGGCAGAAACAGCAAAUUUCAGAAAUGGAAGCUUUGUUUGUUUGAGGAGCCCAUGGAAGGUGUAGGCAUUAAAUCAGUUGUUGACUUUGGCUUUCCAGGUCUGAUUUUCCCUUGAAGAGUGAGUUCUGGGUGGAUGGGUGGUUUUUGGUGGAAGCACAGAUCUUGCUGUCCAUCUCUUGCUCUCACCUCCUAAUCUAGCUACUGCUGUUAUAUUCUGGACACACAUUGAGAGGGGCCACCACUGUUCCUUACCAGGCAUAUGUAGUGAGUAGAUGUGGGGUCUUCUGUAGCCUGGAGAUAUCCCACAGUUUUCUAGAUACGUUCCUGAUGGGUUUGUAAAGGAUCAAACUGCAGUCAUUUAUAACUUACCGUCUUCCCCUUUAAUGUGGUAAGCAUUAGCUGAUGCUAGGUCCAGUGACCUCAGAGUGUCAUACGAGUGUUUUGACCAGCUUCUGUGAGGUCAUGCACUAGUCUUUGAGGACUUUUCUACUAAAAGAUAUGGCUUCUCUGUGGCUAGUUUGAAUUGUUAUCAGUUACUAGGCUAAGGACACCGAUCAGGUUUGCUCAUGAGAACUAUGUGAAUGUCUUAAAAAUAGGUUCAUGUCUGAACAGGUUGGAAUUAGGGACAAGUGCCACCCUGGUCAAAUUCAAAGCUGAAGAAGACAGAAUGGUAGCCAGGGUGGAGCUCUUGCCUAGCGUGGGCAAUGCCCAGUGUCACUCAUAAAUGUUUUGAUCCAUUGUUCAUGAGCAUGAGCUCCUCACUGUGCUCAUCUGCCCUGGUUUCAGACUGUGCUGCUUGGCAUUGGAGAGCCUUGAGGAUCCCUGGGAAGAUGUAGACAGGAAGUCCAUGCCCAGUAGAAAUGCAGUCCAUGAAGUCACCUGAAGUUAGGCUUGCCUUGGAUCAUGAAGUUCCUUCCUGGGAUGGGAAGCAGGAGUUGGACAGCCACUUGGUGGGGAUGUUGCAGAAGCAAUGUUUGCAGCACACAUGCAUCACCAAAGUGAUGGGGGCCUUUCCACUCUUUGUAGGCCCCCUGACUCAUUUGAUCAGACCUCUAAGGUCAAUAUAAUAAAGUGGAGCAUAAUUCUGACAGAACUUCCCAUGCCCACAGAUGUAAGUUGCUCAUAACUGUUUUUCACUACGUUUGUAGAAAAAGUGGGAUGCUGAUGAAUGAAGUUAAAUUCUACUAGAACAGCCAUGAAGUGUGAGGCCUCAGGAAAGCUGGGCUCUAAAAUUUCAGGACUGGUGGUUAGCUAGAAUGGAUGUAGCUCAUUUAAAAAAUAUCAUUUUACAUUAUUUUUG